AUGCCUACAAAUGCAUCUUCCAGUAAGUUAUUAACACUGGAAACAUUAGACAUAUCUGCUGCACAUAUUUACCCAACAUUUGUAUUUGGAACAAUUACCUAUCUAACUAUUGUCUUUUGCAACCUGUUGGUAUUAAUAACUAUUGCUGUGAGUAAAAAGCUACAUAAGCCCAUGUUUAUCCUGCUGUUCAACUUGCCCAUUAGUGACAUGGUGGGUGCUACAGCUUUUUUUCCUCAUCUCAUGUUCAGCAUUGUGACACAGAGCAGAUUGAUUUCCCAUCCUGCAUGUAUUACUCAGGCUUUUCUGAUUCAUGUUUAUGGUACAGGAAACUUGCUGAUCCUGAGUGCCAUGGCAUAUGACAGAUAUAUUGCUAUAUGUUAUCCUUUGAGGUAUAAUACUAUAAUGAAUCCAAAUAAUUUAAUUAGAAUUAUUUUUUUAAUAUGGUUCAUAAAUUUAUCACUGAUUUUUACAUUGAUUAUGCUGAAUGCACGGUUUAAAAUUUGCAGAACAAAUAUAGUGGAUUUGUAUUGCAACAAUCCAUCAUUAUUGAAACUGACCUGUGAGGACACCAGGGUGAACAACUACUAUGGAAUAGCUAUUAUAGUCUUGCUACAAGGUGUCCCACUUUCAAUAAUAACAUACACAUAUGCACAGAUCUUCCAUACAUGUGUUAUGACUAAUCAGCCUGAUGCUCGAAGAAAAGCCAUUCAGACAUGUGGCACUCAUUUAGUAGUUUUCUUAAUCUUACAAAUCAAUACUACGUUUACACUUAUUGCUCACCGAAUUGCGAAUGUGUCUCCAAACAUUAGAAGGACUCUUGGUGUGUCAGUUAUAGUAUUUCCCCCUUUUUUGGACCCAAUUAUAUACGGACUGAAAAUCACAGAAUUGAAGCAGAACAUAAUACUGUUCCUAAAAAGAAAUUUUUGUUCAAUCAAGUUGUAA